AUUCCCCAAAUACCAUAGACAGUUUUGACUACCACUACUCGCCUAAUAUCUUACCAGCUCACUCACCCAAACCCUUCCCCUUUACACCUUCCUGACAUACUUGAUAUCUCAAACCAUCGACCAGCACAAACCCAGACUGACAACAAACAUGCUCCCCCAAUCACUUUCGCUCAUCGUAUCUAUCAGCGCCGGGUUUCUGAGUUACAUUCAACUACUAGUAACAGCAGCAGCUGUAGCGCUACCCGUCCAGCCCGAAGUCGGGGCGUCUAGCCCUCAUGCCCUCGUUACCAGAGGCGACGCCGGCGGCGGCGGGAGUUCCGUCGAAGGAGGAUAUUAUAAUCUUUGUCAUUUUUACCCCACCAUAAACUAUAUCAACAACCAACUCCUCAUGAAAGGACAAUGCGCCUCAGACCAGACCGGACCGCUUCAAAAUACUGCAGUGUUUCUGAACCCGUGCUACACCAACAUCGACGGCGGUUUGUUCGCCGUGACUGAUGGGAAAGGCGAUUUCACCAAAAGCUGUAAGGAGUGUCACAUUCCUAGCGAUGCGAAGGUGCCGAAGAAAAUAAUGAGGUGUGUUUGUGAGCGGUUUGCGGGGGAUAAGGAGCCGAAGGAGACGGAGGUUGAUUUGGACCAGCAUAUUCACGUAUUCGAAGAUAAACUUGGGUGUCCCGGGGCUGAGGGUUAUAUCAGGACCUGGUUCUAGAAGAUUGAAAGCAGCAAGAUAUAAAUACCAUCCAUCCGGCAUCCUAUCUGGCAAAGAAAGGUGUGUGAUAAAUUGGUUUUACUUUGUACAUUUAAAUGGUUUUUGAAUGACCCGCCAUGACAGAGGGAAGGAUUUUGCUAUGAUGAAUAGAGCUCGUUCUGGAUGGAUUCUUGCUCGAG